CUGAUAGUUGUCGCGCAUAGCCAGACUGCUCGUUGCGAGUCGAGUCCACGCACGCGAUUGUAUUGUGUAACGGCCUGGCCUUACCCCACCAACCCAAGAGCCCCACUUGGCCCUCCAACUUUUGGAGGGAGAAACUUCGACGGAUCUGCACCGACGCCUUCCCCAUCUAUUUCCCCUCCACAACAUGACUUCCACCCACCGCCCAAGGGUAUUCUUGGAUGUCAACAUCGGCGAACAGCCGGCGGGCAGACUGACCAUCGAGCUCUUCACCGACAAGACUCCCCGGACCUGCGAAAACUUCCGUCAAAUCUGCACCCGCGAACACGGCACCCUCUCCUACGAGAAAUCCUCCUUCCACCGAGUCAUCGACGAGUUUAUGAUCCAAGGCGGCGACAUUACAAAGGGAGAUGGCACCGGCAUCGUCAGCAUCUACGGGGAAGAAUUUGAAGAUGAGAACCUCCACUGGAGAAAGAUGGAUGCCGAGGGCUUGGUAUGUUCGGCGAAUAGAGGGAAGGAUACAAAUGGUAGUCAGUUCUUCAUCACUCUUGAACCAUGCGAGCACCUGAAUGGCAAACACACCAUAUUCGGACAUCUGAAAUCCGGCCAGUCCGUUCUGCAGCAAAUCGCAAAGGUCGACGUGGACAGUGAUGAUCGCCCCCUCCAGCCAGUGCUGAUUUCGCGCUGCGGCGAGCUGGAGAGGCCCACAAAGAAAGCCGCUCCUGCUCCAGAGAAGCUCCCUCCCGCUGCCAGCAGAGACAGAGGUCGCAGAAGAGGAGACGACGGUUCUGAUGUGGAGAUGGAGAAUAGCCCGGAACCACGCAGGCCAACGAAGCACCAUCAUCGGCGGCAGAGCGACAACACUGUAGAUGAAGGCCUUCGAGGCCGACCGCGGCAACGCUCGGGUGCGCGGUCCACCUCUCGCUCGCGCUCACACGAAAGAAAAGAGAGCGAGAGUAGCGAUGUGAGUUCGCCGGCUAAGAAGCACAAGCGGAAGCGCAGCUCGUCUCCGAGUAGGCAUAACGACCAUCCAAGCCAUGAGAGGAGACGACGGAGUUUGCCCAAUCAGUACAGUGCGACACGACAUGCGAAGGAAGAUGGGGAUGGCGGAAGGCUAAGGCCAAGUGCUAGACAUGAUGAGCAUCGUGAUGGAGGGACGAGACAGGAUUACGAGCGUGCCCGAGCCGAUGAUCGAUACCGUCCGUCCAAGGACAGGUAUCCACGCGGUGAUGACGGCCGGCUGGGAGGUGGUGGACACGACGAACAUGAGCCGCCCGUCAAGUUCAAAGGCAGGGGCGUGAUGAAGUAUCGUGAGCCUGACAGACAGUGGUGAUGGAAAGGGUAGCGUUGAUUUGCGCGCCAUAACACAGAUAACACAAGCGAUUGAGCGAACAUCAUGUCUCAACAGA